AGAUUAUCAUCUGAAGUAGAGCAAUUAUAAUUUUAAAAUGUCUCGUGUUCAAAUACGAACAUGGUGCUUAGAUAAAUAUGCGCGUUUUAUUCAAAGAAGUCCACCAGAUGGGGGUGUUUGGAAACCUUAUGGAAAUGAAAAAGAGCAGAUGUUGAUGUCACUGAGCCAAGAAAAUCAACUAACAAUCACCCAGGGUUCUACUUUGUUGGAAAGUCACAAUUUAGUGAGAGCUAAUUCUUUCAUGCGUGGUUUAAGUCGGACUGAUAGUUUACUGUUCUUAUAUAAACUACAGAAUGAAACCAGAAGAUUCAAAGUUAAGUUCUCAGCACUGGAAACCAAGACAGGGCAGGAAGUUUGUGCUGAGGCUAUACUAGUUUUGUCAAACUUCAUAACAAUAAAAACAAACAUCAACAUCAAGGAUCAGUCCUCUGAAGGAAAUAACCUGAUUGGUUGUCAGAUGCCUGGGACACAUGAACAAUCAAUUGCUGCGUUAAACAAUUCUCUUUUACAUGGAGAGGUCACUGUUGGUACUAUGGCUAAGGCCUUGCUGGACAGAACCAAUUUGCCAUCAGCUUACUACCAGUGUCAAUCAGAUAGUGAACUAAUACCACAGUUAUUGCAAACAUGUCUUGCUGAUCCAACAUUUCCAGCUUAUGUUGAAGCAGUGGAAGCUCAACUCAAAGAGCUUAUUUCCAAUGACUCAUGAAUAAUUUAUCUUUUUUUUUUUUGAGAGUAUAUUCACAGCUAAUGUAGACUCUAUAUCAAACUGUUGAUGUGUAUUAAUGGCCAAUAGCAUUCAAUGGCAUUCACAAAAAAAUAUAGCAGUAAUAAAAAUUAAAAAGAAGAAUAAAAAAACUUUUGAAUUUAAUCAUAUUUAUUUGAAAUACAAGAUAAUGAGGAUCAUUUCAAAAAGCUCUAUAUCAAUAUCAUUAUAACUAUACAUUAUAAACCUAAAAAAACAUGCAUUACAUUGUGUAUGUUAUAUCAACUAAAUAACAGUUGUAUAACCAAUUAAUCUUUUUUGACAUUAUUUUUUACUGUGACAAUAAUAAAAAAAUUAAUGCAUGUAAUUAUUUAUUUGGUGGUUUUAUUUAUCUUUACAAUAAUCUUUCUUACUGCUUUUACAAAGGGAUUUUUAAAAAUGUGAAGAAAGAAUAUAAAAAAUAAAUUACUGAAACCUUGGAAUAGGCAAAGAAACAUCCUAAAAGCUAUACUGACUAUUCUUGUUAUUUGGGGUUAUGUUUAGCUUUUAUAUGCUAUGAGAUUUGGUAGUUCUGCUUGCAAAGAUUGUAGGUUCUUGUUGGCUCUUUAGAGAUAUAAUAUGUAUACUCAGCAUUCAAGAAUGUUGCGAUGUAAUGGCUAAUGUUUUUGUUGUUAAAUUUGGCAUUGUCAUUCAUAAUGUUGGCCCCAUAACACUGCUGUAUAUUAAAAGACUGAAACAAGUGAGAGCUUUACUUGACUUGUCAAUCACACAGGAAACUUUUGUUAAUCCUGUUUAUGUUUUUCUUACAAAAUAUAUAUUUAGGUAGUGAACAUUGAAAUAAAAGUAAAUUAAUAACAUUCAAUUGAUGUACAGUAGAACGUCGAUUAUCCAGAUUAAUUGGGAAUGGGGUCUGUCCAGAUAAAUGAUUGCCCAGAUAACAGAAUAUUAUAAACUGUCCAAUGCACCAACAAUAUAAAGAAAAUUCAUAUGGGGAUAUCGCACAAUACCUAAACAUAAAACUGAAGUACAAAAUAAAGGGGAACAAAAUGGUACUAGCCUACCAUUAGUGAGAGAAAUAAUUGCUGAUCUUCAUUGCAUAUUAGCAAGACCACUUAGAUACCUUACUGUAAAACAAAAAAAGGCAAUUUGGAUAUUUGAUGUUCCAAAUAACGGAUGUCCAGAUAAAUGACGCUCUAUUGUAACUUGAUUUUUUUAAACCAAAAAAUUUGAAUGAUUUUUUUAAAAUCUGUCAAUGUGCAUAUAACAACAUUAAAUUAUUUCUGUGAAACUAAACAUCUUCGUCAAACAAAAAAAAAACCUGCUAUGCCGACACAUUUUAUUUCUAAGUGCACCACAUUGUAAUUUUCAAGAGUUUUGGUUAUUAGUAUUAAAACUCAAAAGAUGAAAAAUUAUCAGUCUUAACUUUAUCUUACAUUGCAUUACAUUCUGAAUUAUUUGGCUGUGUAAAUAAAAUAUACAAAUACAAGCUUCAACCCUUUUUGUGUUUAGAAGUAAAUGUUUUGGAUUACUUUUUCAUGACUUAUUUGAUAAGAACUACACAAACACGAUGUACUGUACGGUUCACAAAAAUAAUGCAAGUGCAAAGGAUCUUGCCCAAAAAAUGUGAUUUUGUUUCAUGUUUUCAGAAACAAUAAAAAAUUAAUUUAUAAUUUCCAUGGAAUAGAAUCAACAAAAUGAAGUUGACAGUUUAAAUUAGUUAUUUUAUUUCAUAAGAUUUGAAUUUUUAGCUCUAAAAAAAAAGAAUAUAUGAUGCAUCACAGCCCCAAAAAAUGUGCACUAAAUAUAUUUUGAUAAAUACAUGGCAGGUUAUAUAAUCUUCCAUAAAUUGUUAUUUAUAUAAUACAUUUAAAAAAAAAAAAACUUGGCUUACAAAUGCUUGAAAUAAAGAUUUAGCAUUUGUUACAUUUAAUAUAUGGUACACGUUUCUGAAAACCAUCACAUAUUCAAUCAACGUUUUGAGAAAUAUUAACGCUAUUAACAGACUCCAUAAGUUAACAGCUAUACUAGAAUACCAGGUAUUAUUUUUGACAUGCAAUAUGUAUCCAUUAAAUUACAGUGAUAUAGGGUGAUACUCUAAUAAAUAUGAAUAAUAAAUACAUGCUUUUUGAAUAUGAAAUAAAUAAUUUGGAUUUAAAUUAAUCAUUUGAUUUAAUAAAU